AUGCCCUCUUCAGCUUCAACCGCGGCGCGGUUAGCAUCGCAAGUACACAUUACAACCUGGCCCACGCCAAGGAAUAUAGCAGAAAGCAAAUUAGUCCUCAAGGCCCUCCAGAAGCACGGCGAAGUCGUGUCAUACCGAAACCUCAAGUACGAUACAACAAAUGACUCCCCAAACCGCCACCGACCAAUGCUAGCAAUCUUUGAAAACGCCGACGCAGCACAGCGCGCAAUCGACUCAUCGCCCGUAACAAUCCCACUACCACCGGGCUCAGCCCCAGUCCCACACUCAAAUAAAAACGCCAUACUCAAAACCGCCUCAAAAAUUUCUCCAGACGACCCGCCCUCAAUAAUAAUGGAAAUUCAAUCCUCGCGCCACAACCACCCUUCCAAUAUCAGUCGCAACCCCUUCUACACAACAUACAACACGCACAAGACGAGUCCGAUGUACAAGGAUUUGGUCAGAGAUGGGAUUCCCGUGAAGGAGUUGGCGGAUUGUUUGCCGAGUAAGAAGUAUCAUAUUGGGAAUGGGGUUAAGGAGAAUAUUCAGGAGGAGAAUCGGUGGAUGGGAGCGAUGAGUUUGAUGGAUCUUUGGAAAGAGGGUUUGAAGGAACAAGAAGAUCAGAGGGCUUCUGGGGAUUCGACUGAGAAGAGGAAGGAGUAUGAGGAAUAUGGGGAGUUUCAAUGA